AUGUCGGCAGAUCUCUUUGCCGAGUUCAACAGCCUGUCGGACCCUCCGCCGCGGCCAGUGCAGGGACAGACGCAUGCGCAGCCGUAUCCCCAGCCUCAGAAGCCUGCGGCAGCAGCCGAUGGAGACGAAGACGGAUGGGGCGACUUUGUGAUCGCGGGAGCCACGGGACUGCCGGUUACAACGGCGGCGGCGCCUCUGCCCGCAAACUUCGAGUCACAGCAUGCGCCAAUGAGCAAGAGCAUCACCGGUCAGCCGACCGCUGCGUUCAUGACCGACGCCUUCGUCGAUAGUGCUGAAUCAAAUCCGUUACACUCGAGCUCAUCAUGGUCGCAGCCUCAGGCAAAGGCCAAACUUAACACGCAAGUGCAGGCAACACCAACUCGUGCGCCAAACGUGCUGUUCGAUGCCGAUGAUUUCGAGCUGCCCGCUGGCAGUGAUUGCCCCAGCGAGGAUGACAAGGAUGAUGACUUUGGGGAAUUUGAAGUCGUUCCUCCGCCUCCCUCGAAGCUACAGACAGAUCUCGGCCCCAUGCUAAACUCGGACCUCCCGUCAGCAAUGAGCCUUUUGGAUUUUGACGAGCCUCUGUCACCUUCCCGAGAGCCCAACCGGGGGAAGCCUUGGGAGAAAGCCACGGGGUCGUCCGUUUUUGUUUCUUCGCCAUCGAAUCCCACUCCAGCGCCGAAUCCAUCAUCACUUCAAACCCAAACAUGCCUCUUAGACGUCGCGGAUGCGGCCUCCAAGUCUCCCGGCGCCCAUGCGAAUAGCAAAGCCGAUUUGGCCGCCGCUUCUUGGUCCUCGGAUGCCGCUUGGCAUGAGGCGCAAAUGACCAAGCACGAUGAUGAUGACUGGGCAGCAUGGGACGACAUGCCCGCGGCCUCCGUCAACGCCAAGGAUAGCAAUGGCGCGGCCGACGCCGUCGAGGACGCCGUCGCAGCUUCCGACGACGACAAGCCUCCCCCUGUCAACGUGCCACCCCCUUCGGUCAUUCUCUCCGUGUUCCCCGACCUCUUCCGGUCCGGAAGCGCCUUGUUCGCGCCCGCGACGAGGCAGAGCACGUCCCUCAAGCAGCAGAUCCUCUCCAACCCCAAGGCAGUCCAGUUCCUUCAAGGUUACGUCCUCCUAGGCACGACGGCCGCACGGGUCAUGAGCGGUCGCAAGCUCAGGUGGCAUCGGGACAAACUAUUGGCCAAGAGCAUGACGAUUUCCACGGCGGGAAGCAAGGGCAUGAAACUCGCCGGCUUGGACAAGACGCAGUCUGCUCGUGAGGAUCGGGAAGCCACCGACGUCGCGGCGGCUUGGCGAGAUCACGUCGGUCGACUACGGUCCGCCGUGGCCAUUGCGAACGCGAGCGUCCAAGCAAGCAUCAAAAUCCCCGAGCUGAGCGAGCAGAUGACCGUUCAAACGGCCAAGUUGGUGCCCACGGCGCCCAAACCCUGCGUCAUAUGCGGCCUGAAACGAGACGAAAGGGUGGCCAGGGUGGACCACGAGGUGGAGGACAGCUUUGGGGAGUGGUGGGUUGAGCACUGGGGCCACAGAGCAUGCAAGAACUUCUGGAUCGAGCACGAGCCGCGGUUGCGCCAACGGUGA